AUGGAUUACACCUAUUCAACAGUCGACUUUUCAUUCAUCCCAAACAAACUGGAUCCUUCAGAAACAGAAGUCAAAGACGUUGGGGAGCAGUUGAGUGCAUGGGAGACAGAUGAUGGCUCAACUAAACAUAAGCAUCGCAACCCCUGUCUCAAAUUCUUAAUAGACAACUGGUUCACCUUGUCAACCGUUGCUGGAGUUGGUCUGGGCUUUGGAGUUGCAUUUAUAAUCAGAGCUACAAAGCCUGGACCGGUAGCCCUUACAUGGAUCUGUAAGUUGCCAUUUUGUAUCCUUGUUGCUAUUGCAUCGAUGGACUUAAAGAAGGAGGGCAAAGUCGGACUGAUUGGAAUAACUUACAUCAUCCUCAUCGAUCUAAUUUGCUCAUGUCUUGGAGCUGCUUUCGCACUUAUUAUUCAACCAGGUAGUCGGACUUUGAUAGGUGGAGAAAACGUGAACCCGCCCAUUUCAACCACAUCUGGAUUAACAGUAUCGGAUAUUUUUAAGGAUGUUUUAUAUAAUAUAUUUCCAGACAACCUCUUUUCAAUCACAAUUUAUCACUACCAAACAGAGCUUGAUGCUGCUACCAAUACGACGCAAGGAAAUUCUUACAAAGGUGGUACAAAUAUGACUGGCGUGCUAUUCUGUUCAAUCGUUUUCGGAGCAGCGGCAAGAGUCUCUGGAGACAUUGCAAUCGUUUUCGUCAAUUUCUUCCGUGGGGUUACAAUUAUUGUCACUAGAAUUAUGUCAAUUUCCUUACUAGUAACACCAGUAGCAGUGGUUUUCAUGGUUGCGAGUUCAAUUGCUGGACGCGAGGAUAUUGAAUCCGAAUUCGUGCAAUUAGGUCUCUUUGUGGCCACCGUGCUAACCGCCCUCGCCAUCCAUUUCUUCAUAAUAAUCAUCGUUUACUUCCUUGCAAGUCGCAAAAACCCCCUGAGGCUGCUCAAAUUCUCAACUCAAGCGUUCUUCCUUGCUUUCGCAACAACUAGUCCUGCUUUAGCUCUUCCUGAGGUCUACAGUGGGUUAGACAAAUACGGAGUACGACAACAGGUCUCCAGGCUAAUAGGGCCGCUGACUGCCACCUUGAAAGGCGAUGCACCAGCGGCCUUUAUUGCGGCAUCUGCCGUAUUUGUUGCGCAAAAUGAACACUCGGAUCUAAAUAUUGGUCAAAUAUUCACCAUCAUAGUUCUCACAUUCAUUGCCUCUUUGGCAGUGCCGAGUAUUCCAAGUGCAAGUGUGGUGCUUGUGUUGACAGUGCUCUCAGCAAUUGGUGUACCUACUGAGAGAGCAGCUUUACUCUUUGCCAUGGAGUGGCUGUUGUGA